AUGUCUUGCGGCGAGGAGACGGGGGGGGAACGACCGGGGCCCCCCCGGGAGCCGCCCCGUACCCUGCAGGGGCUGCUCGAGAUGGCGCAGCAGCAGUGGCUGCGGGAGGCGCUGUCGGCGGCCCUGGGGGGGGCCGAGGGUUCCGGGGGGGCCCUGGAACGUUGCCUGCACGAUUUGGGGGGGCCCGACCCCCCCGAGGAGAGCCUGGAGCUGUUGGCGGAGCUGUGCGGGGGGGGCUGCGGGCGGGGGCCGCUCGCCUGCUGGGGGCCUGUGCCCAGAACCUGCCGGAGGCCCAGGGGGGGGCCCUGGCUUUGGGGGCGCUGCCCACCCUGCUGGCGGCACUGGGGGGGGACCCCGACCCCCAAGUGCCCCCCUGCCGCCCUCUUUGCCAUCUCCUGCCUGGUGCGGGGGCAGCCGUCGGGGCUGACGCAGUUGGAGCGUUUGGGGGGGCUGGAGGCGCUGGGGGGGGCCCUAAAAAGACCCCCCCUCCGCGCCAGGGCUGCCUUCCUGGUGCACAGUCUGCUGGGGGAGCACCCCCCGCUCGCCGAGAUACUUGUGGGGCAGGGCUGGGUCCCACGGCUGGUGGAGCUGCUGCGCACGGAGCACGGCGCGGCCCACGAGCACGCCAUGGGCGCCCUCUGCCGGCUGUCCCUCAGUGCGGGGGGACUGCAGGCGUGCCGUGACCCGCCCCUGGGGCUGGAGCAGCUGCUGCGGGAGAGGGGGGCGCAGCUGCGGGGGCACCAGGAGAGCCGGGAGGAGCUGGAGUUCUGCCAGCAGCUGCUGCAGCGCUGCUUCCCGGAGAACCCCCCCCAGGAGACCCCUCCCCAGGAGACGCCCCCCCAGGAAUUACUCCCCCCGGCGAUACCCCCUCCGGCCCUCCUACCCCUCCCGGGCCCGCCCCCCCACCGGUGA